AAUUCUGAGCCGUGCUAUUUAAUGUUUAUAGUUUGUACUUUGUUGUGUUUAUACUUGUUCAGUUUAUCGACAUUAAAACUAAAACAAAAUUAAGAUUACAAUUAAGAUUUUUUGAAACAAAUUAUAUCUAAAAACUAAAAUGUAUAAAGUUCCUCAAAAAGUACAGAAGGUAAUGGUACAGCCCAUUAACCUUAUCUUUCGACAUUUACAAAAUCGUGCUAAAGUUCAAGUAUGGCUACAGGAAAAAAUUCAUUUAAGGAUUGAAGGACAUAUUGUGGGUUUUGAUGAAUAUAUGAAUCUGGUCUUGGACGAAGCUUGUGAAGUCAACACUAAAGUUGACUCUCGAAAACCUGUUGGUCGCAUAUUGUUGAAAGGAGAAAAUAUUACAUUAAUACAAAAUAUGACUCCAUCCAUAGGAUAAAAACAGGAACUGUCAGAAUAAAUAAAAUAUACUUCAAUAUAUCCUUUGUAUCAUAAAUUCAUAAUAAAUAUCUUAAUGCUUACAACUCAAACUAUGUAUAACCUGCAGUAAUAUUUAUUAAUUGUAUAUCAUAUUAAUUUAGAUUAAGCAAAUACUUGAGACAUAAUUUUGUUUUCUCAGAAAAUUGGAAGUUUUAAUAUUCGUAAAUAACCUGUAUAAGAAAAAUAUAGGUAUCAAAAUGUAUAUAUAUUCCUUAUAAUUAUAUUAUAUUUUUAAGAGGAUACAAAAACCUGUACUGAAAACCUUUAKUAAGGAUACAGAACUACAGAAUAUCUGUGUAAAUUGCAUAAGGGUAUUACAAUUUUGAGUCUGUUUUUACUAAUCAUUAAAAAAAAUAAAAAUAUUCCAACCAAAA